AUGCUCUCAGGCGAAGUCUGCACCACCACGACCUACUCGCAGAUCGACAACGUCCACACACCCCAAAACACACCCAGGGAGAGACCCCACCACAUCGAGCCCUGGAUGCCUCACAGGUUCUGGCCAUCUCCGAACGCGAAGGAAGACACCACGUUCCUGGUCUGGGCGCAUCCAAACCCGGACGACAUGGACGACAAGAUGGAUCGGCUCUUCUUUCAGAAUUUGCUGAUGUACGUGAGUGAUAUCAGCGAAGGCAAGGAGCAAAUAAGUCUGUUGCAGAUCAUGUUGACCCAACAUGUCUCCGCCACAGCACUGAUAAUGUUGCCGAGCUGGUCGUUCCUCGGACCUCUCCGGUGGUGGAUCCCGUGGCUGUUCCAGUGCAUUUGCGCCUACAUAGCCCUGUGGAUGGGCAAGAAGCCACUCCUCAAAAAGUACAUGUCCGUCGAGGACUGGGAGGAUGAGGAUGUCCAGGAGCGCAUUGGCAUGUGGAAGAAGAAGGAUCUGUGA